GCUUCUUUUCUGGAGUUAUACGUAUAACCUGAAGUGGCGGAGCUGAAGACAUAUUUUUAAAGUUAGAUUAAAAUGCAACACUGUGCGAAAUCCUGGGGUCGCAUCUCUAGGUCGGCGAACGCUCAUGUACCUUGUCGAAAACUGGGUGGUAAAAGUGGCGCUUUAAAGAAACCUCUAACAAGCAGUUUUUUAAAAGAAAAUGAACACGUUUUUCUGCCUUUGCGGGGUCUUCGGUGUUCUGCAGUUUCAUUCACAUCCAGACAGAUCGAGAGAAUACUGCCAAGACACGAUGAUUUCGCCGAAAGACACAUUGGACCAGGCGACAAAGAGAAAAGAGAGAUGCUCGACACCCUCGGACUUAAGACAAUUGACGAAUUGAUCGAAAAAACUCUCCCUUCUCCAAUCCGUUUACAAAGAAGUUUGAAAAUGGAUGACCCAGUUUGUGAGAAUGAAAUUCUGGAUACCCUGCACAAGAUUGCAAGCAAGAAUAAAUUGUGGAGGUCCUAUAUCGGAAUGGGUUAUUAUAACUGCUCUGUGCCUCCAGUCAUCCAAAGGAAUCUGCUGGAGAACUCUGGAUGGGUAACACAGUAUACUCCGUACCAGCCAGAGGUGUCUCAGGGUCGUCUGGAGAGCCUGCUUAACUACCAGACCAUGGUGUGUGACCUCACCGGUAUGGCAGUGGCCAAUGCUUCACUCCUGGAUGAAGGCACAGCUGCAGCUGAGGCAAUGCAGCUCUGUCACAGGCAGAAUAAACGGCGGACAUUUUAUAUCGACCCUCGCUGCCACCCUCAGACCAUUGCCGUUGUACAAACCAGAGCCAACUACAUUGGAGUGAAAACGGAGCUAAAAAUGCCUCAUGAGAUGGACUUCAGUGGUAAGGACAUUUCAGGUGUGCUGUUCCAGUACCCGGACACUGAGGGCAGAGUGGAGGACUUCACUGGCUUGGUGGAUCGUGCUCAUAAGGCUGGGGCUCUGGCCUGCUGUGCCACUGAUCUGUUGGCCCUCUGUGUACUGCGACCACCAGGCCAGUUUGGGGUGGACAUCGCCCUCGGUAGCUCUCAGAGAUUCGGCGUGCCCCUGUGCUAUGGGGGCCCUCACGCCGCCUUUUUCUCCGUCAAAGAAAGCUUGGUGAGGAUGAUGCCCGGCAGGAUGGUAGGAGUCACCCGAGACGCAGCUGGUAAAGAGGUGUACCGCCUGGCUCUGCAGACCCGUGAGCAGCACAUCCGCAGAGAUAAGGCCACCAGCAACAUCUGCACGGCUCAGGCUCUUCUUGCCAACAUGGCGGUCAUGUUCGCACUGUACCAUGGGCCGCAGGGCCUGAAGCACAUUGCCAAGAGGACACACAAUGCCACGCUGAUCCUUGCUGAAGGUCUGAAGAGAGCAGGACACAAGCUACAGCACGAAAUGUUCUUUGACACACUGAAGGUCCACUGCAGUGUGGCAGUUAAAGACAUCCUUGAGAGGGCAGUGCAGAGACAGAUGAACCUGAGGGUCUACAGCGAAGGAGUGCUGGGAAUCUCUCUGGACGAGACUGUCACGGAGAAGGACUUGGAUGAUCUUCUCUGGGUGUUUGGCUGUGAAUCCUCAGCUGAGCUGAUUGCUGAGAAAAUGGGGGAAAGGGUGAAAAGCAUUCUUGCAACUCCAUUCAAGAGGACCAGCGACUUCCUAACACACACAGUGUUCAACAGUUAUCACUCAGAGACCAAUAUUGUUCGCUACAUGAAGCGUCUGGAAAACAAAGACAUUUCUCUUGUACACAGUAUGAUACCUCUGGGCUCCUGCACUAUGAAGCUGAACAGUUCCUCUGAACUCAUGCCAAUCACAUGGAAGGAAUUUGCGAAUAUCCACCCCUUUGUGCCACUGGAUCAGGCAGAGGGCUACCAGCAGCUCUUCAGGCAGCUGGAAAGGGAUCUGUGUGAGAUCACAGGAUAUGACAAGAUCUCAUUUCAGCCCAACAGCGGUGCUCAGGGCGAAUAUGCUGGCCUAGCAGCCAUCAAAGCCUAUUUGAACUCCAAAGGAGAGACUCAUCGAAAGGUGUGCCUGAUCCCUAAAUCGGCCCACGGGACCAAUCCUGCCAGCGCACAGAUGGCUGGGAUGAAGGUCCAGGUGGUGGAGGUGGACCGGGAUGGCAAUAUUGAUGUGGCACACCUGAAAGCCAUGGUGGACAAACACCAGGCCAACCUGGCCGCCAUUAUGAUCACAUACCCUUCCACUAACGGUGUGUUCGAGGAAAAUAUCAACGAGGUCUGUGACCUUAUCCACCAGAAUGGAGGGCAGGUGUACCUUGAUGGAGCCAACAUGAAUGCUCAGGUUGGUUUGUGCCGCCCUGGUGACUAUGGAUCAGAUGUGUCCCACCUGAAUCUCCACAAAACCUUCUGCAUUCCCCAUGGAGGCGGUGGUCCCGGAAUGGGUCCUAUUGGAGUAAAGCAGCACCUCGCCCCAUUCCUGCCCAGCCAUCCAGUGGUCACUCUGAAGUCAGACGACACAGUGUCCUCCCUGGGCACCAUCAGUGCUGCCCCCUGGGGCUCCAGUGCCAUCCUGCCCAUCUCCUGGGCCUACAUCAAGAUGAUGGGCGCGAAAGGACUGCUGCACGCCACAGAGCUGGCCAUCCUUAAUGCCAACUACAUGGCCAAGAGACUGGAGAACCAUUACAAGGUCCUAUUCAGAGGCAUUCGAGGAUUUGUUGCUCAUGAAUUUAUCUUGGACGUGAGACCUUUCAAGAAGACCGCAAAUAUCGAGGCAGUGGAUGUAGCCAAGAGACUUCAGGAUUAUGGUUUCCAUGCCCCUACCAUGUCCUGGCCAGUAGCAGGGACCCUGAUGAUCGAGCCCACCGAGUCGGAGGACAAGGCUGAGCUGGACCGCUUCUGCGACGCGCUCGUCAGCAUCCGGCAGGAGAUUGCUGACAUAGAGGAGGGAAGGAUGGACUCACGCGUCAACCCGCUGAAGAUGUCACCUCACUCCUUGGCAUGCAUCGCUGCUUCCACUUGGGACCGGCCAUACUCUCGAGAGAGUGCUGCAUUCCCACUGCCUUUUGUAAGACCGGAGACCAAGUUUUGGCCCAGUAUCUCAAGGAUUGAUGACAUUUAUGGGGACCAGCACCUGGUGUGUACCUGCCCACCCAUGGAAGUCUAUGAGUCCCCUUUUGAAGAAAAGAGAGCCUCGUCAUGACAGCAUAUCUGAUGUGAUUGUUCCUCACACACAGAACAUCAGAAUGAUAGGACCUACUUUUCCUUCGGUCUUGUUUUAUUCAUGGUACGCAUUUGGUGCCUCAAAUUUUUUACAGACUGUACAAAUACUCGUAGUUGCCUUGAAACUACACUUCAUUUUGGUCCCUCCCUGUACUAAAAACUCUGCUCUCAUCUGCUAAAACAGUACUGUAUCUGUGUACUCUUUGUUUAUAGUCAUUUCUGUAGGGUGGAGAAUAUUGUGAGUUGUGUGUCCAUGUGUCUGUGACAUUUGUGGUUCAACUACAAAAAUGCUUUUAGAAAGAAUUGUGAGGGGCUUAUGCUUAACAAAUAUUUUAAAAUUAUUUUAUGAUGAUUGCUAGUCAACCUGCUUUAGAGAUUUAAUAAAUGUUCUAGAAGAGAUGUAUCCUUUUCUGUUUGACACAUGCAUACAUAAAAUGGUGGAAGGGGGGAAAUUUGGAUAUUAAAUAUUUCUUGUUUUAAUUAUUUGAUUAA